UUGGUCUCAAUGAAAAUCAGAGCCCGAGCUAAGGCUAAAGUUUUAAUUAAUUAUUUUCUUUUUAUACUUACAGAAAAAGAAAUGGUGGAAUCUAAAAGGACAAGAACCAGAAUACCGACCGCAAGGUUCAGGCAGGCGAUUGAUAAAAUUAAAAAAGAAAGAAGAGAGAGAAUGGCCACCGACAAAGAACAAGAUAUUCCUCAUAGCUCAAAUCAAAAAUCAUCAAUUCCAAGACUAAAAGGCAGUAAAUCCCCACCGCCUUUUUACAAUAAAGAAAUAAAUGCAAUUAAAAAAGAAGAAUAUAUCGUUACUUCAAAGGCGGAUGAAGAAUUCGAUAAGAUCUUUCAAGAAAUGGGACAAACAGACGAUACACCGUCCCUAGAAACUAUAAGUAAUAAAAUAGAAAAUGUCAAUGAACUUGAAAGUACCUUCGAAGAAAUCAUGCAUGCAUAUGAAGGAAAUAAAGAACAGCCCUUAAGUAUAGAUAAAAUAAAACAAUCGAAAAUUCCGCUAUUAAAACGAACAAGUAUACACGAAAUUGAAGUGCCUAACAACCGAGAAAGAGCUACACUCAAAAAGAGCAUUUCUAUUGAUACACCUAUAAUUUCCACUACACAUGAAGAAAAUAACACACAUGUGGGUGAAAAAACAAUUGUUACGUCAGAAGAAAUAAGAAGAACUAACACACAGACGAAAACAACUACUGAAAGGUUUGUAUUACAAAAUGUAAGCUCUUAUACCAAUAACUAUAUGAUUACAAGAAAUUACGAUACCAAUACAGAUAAUAAUGUUAAUAAUGGCGUGGAUACUUUAGCAUUAGCAAGGACAACUGCGAUUUUAAAUGAAAGUGAUUCACAAUAUCAAGGGUCAGCAAAAGAUGAAACUAAAGAAUCAGUUAAGGUCGCAAUUCCUGUGUUUGAUCUUUCCGUGCCUUUUGAUAAAAAUAUUGGAAAUAAAAUAAAUGAAGAGACAAUAACCAGAGUGAACAAGAGUAAAGAAAACUUUGUACCCGAAACAUCUUUGUCUGAAGUCCAAAAAGGACACACUAUGUUAAGAACAAAUGACAUAGAAGAACCAGGGAAGACUUACGAAAUUAAACCUGUAGAAACAAUACUUACAUCAAGCCAUGUGCAAGUCAAUAUAAAUGAAAAAGAAACGAAAAUACAUAACGAAAAUAUUGGAAGCUACAAAAUUGAAUCUGAAGUUAUUCCUAAAAUACAUACAACAUCGACUAACGAAGAAUUAGGUUAUGAAACACAAAAAGAAGUUAGUACAAAAACAAACGAAAAAAGAACAAAAACAAAUUAUAUGACUAAAAAUAUAACCGAACAAAAUUUAGAAAAUUCAAUGGAAGAAGAUAUACCAAUUCUAAGGGGAAAAGUUAAUAGAAUCAUUCGAAGGAUGAGUUCCAACGGUGGCUCAAAACCACACGAAAAGGAUAGCUCUGAAAGCUUACCAAAUAAGAAAACUAUUUUGUCUAAAAUAGCAAUGUUUGAGCACAAUGAACCAAAUGAGCCCUUUCCUAUAUCAAGAAUUCCGAAACUGGAACACAAAAUUUCACUGGGACUGCGAACGCAACGACAAACAAGUCAGGAAGUUAGAAGGCCUAUAAUAGUUAGAGAAGUAUUAAAAGAUUCAAGUGAAUCACGCUCCCCGAAAACUAAUGAAUAUAGUACAUUUAAAUGCACUGAACAAGAAGAAAAUAAAAAUGUUAAAUCUAGCGAUACUUCUAGUCACAAGACACUGAACAACGAUAUAUUAGAAAAUGGGAUUACAGCAAUCGCUACGCUAGAAAGAUAUAAUUACAAACCAGUAAAACGUGUUGUUAAUGAUAUAGAAGAUGCUGCAAAAGAUAGUAUCGCUAUUCAUGCAUUCAAAAGCGAGGUCAAUACAACUGAAGCGUCAAUAGGAAAUGAAACAGAUAAUUCUAGUUUGAAUAAUUCUAAGCAAACAAUCAUAAAAAAUAACAUUUUUGAGUUGAAAGACGAUUCUCGAUUUGAUAUCAUACAAACGAACAACAAUAUCAAAAAUGUUACUGAAAUUUUAAACAGCGACGCAUUAAAUAAUUUACAUAAUGAUUUUAACUCUAGCCUUGAAUUAGAAAGCACUAAAACUACUUAUAAAUAUGAAACUUGUAACUUGAGUGAAAAAUCUGACAAGAAAAUAACAAAAGUAAAUACAGAUUAUGUUUUUAAUUUCACACCCGUGGGGAAGACUUUAGAUGAAAUAUUGACUAGACACAAUAAUACUAUUGUUAAUAUAGUAGAAGAAAAACGUAAAACUUUUGAUGCGCUUGUAGAUCUUAGCUCUGUAAAUAAAGAUCAGUCAGAGGAAAAAAUUGCGACACAGCAAUAUAAUGAAGUGAUUACACAGAAAAUAGAAGAAAGAAAUAAAAUGGAGCACAAAAUCAAGGAAUUUAGUAGCAGGGAAGAAGAUGAUAUAAGGAGAACUACGUCAGUCGCAGAACUUGAUUUUGGAAAUGUAAUCAAAGGGAAAGUCCAUAAAAUGAUCAUGAGAAUAAAAUCAAUAGAGAGAGCAGAACAUGGUAAAAGACAGAUUAUUAUUAGUGAAACAGAACGACCGCGGAAGAGUUCAGUAUCGGAGAAGAUUGCUUUGUUUGAGGGUAAGCUGUCGCCAUCUAGACCGGAGAAGACAACAGAUCUCCGGAAGAAGGUGAAUAAGACAGAUGUCCUCAACAGUCAAAUGGACGAGGAGGCGUACAGAAAGAAGAUCGGUGAACUGCUCAACGCUAAGACAAACUACGGAGCAAUAAACGCAACUUACCAUGAACUACGCGACGGUUCAAGUAUGCCUGUAAUUGCUUUAGGAACCGCACUGUUGGACAAACGUUUGAUCAAGCACGUUGUAGAAGCGGCUAUCGACCUGGGCUACCGCGCGUUCGAUACCGCCUACAUUUAUGGAAACGAGCGGGAGGUCGGAGAAGCGAUUAAAAAAAAGAUCGAGGAUGGGAGCGUGAAACGAGAGGACCUCUUCAUCAUUUCCAAGUUGUGGAGCACCUUCCACCGGCGUGACUUGGUGGAGGAGGCAUGCAGGAACUCACUGCAGACCAUGGGCCUGGCCUACUUCGACCUCUUCCUCAUACACAAUCCUAUGUCUCUCAAGGAAGGCAAGGACCCCAUACCUAAAAUCGCAAACGUUCUUCAAUUCUCCGAGCACGACUACAUGGACGCGUGGUACGGCAUCGAGGACCUGAUCAGCAAGGGUCUGGUGAGAAGGGGCGGCGUCAGCAAUUUCAACUCGGAACAAGUGCAUCGGGUGAUAGAGAAGGGACAGUUAAAGCCGGUUAUCAAUCAGGUGGAAUGUCAACCAUACCUAAGCCAAGAUAGACUGGCAGGCUUUUGCGACGCCUACGGGAUCAAGCUCAACUGCUUCGGUGUGCUGGGCUCCAAAGGCACGCCUGCAGAGUUGAAGAGCGGGCUAUCUCCUGUCAUUGAUGAUCCCCUGGUACUUGUUAUGGCUGCCGGGCUUGGUAUCACACCAGCUCAGCUCUUAGUGGCGUACCAGUUGCACCAGGGACGCAGCGUGGUGGUGAAGUGCUCCAGCGCGGCGCACCUGCACGACAGCCUGGCCGCCCAGCGCGUGCAGCUCGACACCACCCAUAUCAUUGCACUGAAUGCACUCAACAGGAACAAGCGAACAUUUACCUUCAAGGGAUUGGGAGAAACUCACAAGAAUUAUCCUUUCAAUAUUGCUUUUUAA